CAACCGCUAGGGGUAAACGAAUGAACUAGUGAAGUGCACAUCUGAUGUUGUCUGUAUUAUAUCAUAUGUCAACUAAACCACUAAACAAUAACAUAUAGGUACAGAAAAAGUUUUUUCCCGAUUUCCCCAAGGCACUGUUGUAUAUUUCAUUCAGUUAAAUGGAUCUUCGUCAGAAAGUUUUAGAUUUGUUGACUUUAAGUAAAGAAGGGGGUGAUAUACCGACGUCAGUGUCAGUCUCCGUAGAGGAACAGCUUGGACUAUCGACAGCAGAUAUAAAAAAUCUUGACCGUGAUUCUUCGCAUGUCCAUCAAAAUGCUUGUUCAGAUCCAGAUUCUCAGCAAGAAGUUUUUGAUACAAUUGAAGCAGGGUUUGUCGAUGAAAACUGCAAUGGAGGACGAUAUCAACUAAAUAAAUUUCCAUUGGUCAUCGAUUUGAAUUACAUCAGACAUCAGAGACAAAUCUUAGGAAUACAGUUAAGUUGUGUAACAAAUAAAUUGUUUUCUAUGAUUCAUCAGAAGCAAACUCAUUGUGCCGAUGAGCUGUGUAAAGUUUUGGAGCUCCAGGAAAAUCUUGAUAUGGCCUUAGACACAUGCAGCAAUGGACGGAUUAAUAUAAAUCAAGCAAGAAACAACUUGACCACUGCAAGCCUGGGACUACUAGCACACUACAGACGUCAGCACCAUCUAAUAAAAAUAACAAAAUCUUUGAAAACCAUACAAACAUUGGGGAAAAUGAAUGUAAGGGUUCAGGAACUACUAGGAGAGCAAAGCUAUGCUGCAGCAAUACAGCUUAUUGUUGAAGGCCAGCAUGUUGCAAACACAUACAAACACUUCAAUUGUGUUGCUCAGUUGAGUUCAAGACUUCAAGAUACCAUGGAACUUGCUGAAGAACAACUAGAUGUUGGUUUGUCAAAGUCCUGCAAAGAAUUUGAUUCAAAUCAGUAUGGAAAGCUACAGUCAGCAUUUGCGUUACUCGGGAAACAAUCUGCAGCAUUAGAUCAACUGAACCUUCAUUUUGCCUCAGGACUUCAUCAGGAAACAUUGUCGUUGUUACAGAAGUAUGCAGAACUCUCGUGCUCCAAUCUCACAUCAGGAAUAGAUGCUGACAAUCUAAAACUUUCCACAGAAUACCAUAAACUUCAGUUCCAUGAACUUUGCAAAUGUAUUAAUUCAAAACUUUAUGUUGCAUGUCUGUGUGAAUUAAGCACUUGCUUAUGGAAAAUCACAGUCAACUACAAUCAAAUCCACCGUUGGCAUACUGAUCAUUCGAAGGGUGAGUGCGAUCCAGUUCCCGCUGCUUUAUUCGAACAAAAGCUUCAGCAUGGAAGAACACGUCUGUGGCAAGAUGUCCAAAUCAAGAUUCGGACUUUGCUAUCUUCUUUUGACGUGUGGCAUCUCAGCACCGAUGAAUUACUAGAUAUGCUGGACAUAGUAGAAACUCUAGUCGAAAUGGGAAAGCAGUUUUGCCAGAGUAAUUCCGAGGUUCUCAGAGAGAGUGUUCGUCAACAAAGCAUAAACUACUUUCGCGGCUUUCAUCGUGGGAAGCUUGAUGAACUCCGUGUCUUUUUAGAAAACGAAUCGUGGGAGCAAUGCCCAGUCCGUUCGAAUUUCAACGUGUUCCAUUUGAUGGAAUUUCGAUUCCUCAAUCAAAGUAAACUUUCUUCAAGUAACUCUGAAGCGCCUUCAAAUGAGAAUUUCUACCUCGUGGAUUCAGUUACCUCGCCCUUCUCGUCACGUGCAAUAUCUCCACCAGAAGAAAGAUUCAUUGGCUCAUCCGGGAUUUCAGACAGUUCGUAUGAAUGUAAUGACGACCGAAAAAUAGAAGGUGGAUCUGUGCUACCACUUCUGGCAAACACAACUUUAUCCGUACUACGCUUAUUUGGACGAUACAUCCACUUUAUGCAUUUAUUAAAAUCAAUUGCGUUCGACGUGUUGAUAUGUCUGAACCAGUUGUUCGAUUACUACCUUUAUGCUGUGUAUAAAAUAUUUGGAACUUCUUCAGCACUUGAUGCAACGUCACCAAAGCUCCGUGCUGUACUCAUGAAAAUCGAGGAGACCUUAAUUUCAACCACCACUUCAGAAACGGUCGGUUCCGCUGAAGACACUGCUGCGUUUUCUUCUUCCGCAGGAGAUAAAGUAUCGUGCCCUAAAGUCUGCCUUCCUUUGCAAUUGGAUCAUCCUAAUCAAUUGUAUGGACUCAAACUCCGUUUGAUUGCCGCCGAGUCAGUUAUUUUCCUUGCUCGCCAGUUAGAGUUGCUGCGGCCGAAUCUUUUGGAUUUGAUUCCACCUUCUAAAGAAUCUCUACUCAACCAAUUUUUUUCACAAACUACAUCAGUGGCACACGAUUUGCGUGUCCCAAUCUUCAGCGUAGUUGCCCAUAGAUACCUUGAUUCAGAACACAUUAUAAACAUGAUGAGCCGCGUUCAGUGGGAGGUGAAAGAAGUAAUGAGCCAGCACAGUUCUUACGUGGACUAUAUACUUCAGGUUCUGAACGAUUACGAUUCGAGUGUUCUUCGUGUCUGCUACCCUCAUACGCUGCCUGCCGAGAUAUAUAACAUUUUAUGGGAUCAAAUCCUUCGUGUGUGUUAUCACAUGCUGCUUGACGGGUUUUCCGCUGUGCGGAAAUGCACGAAUGAAGGCCGUGCAUUAAUGCAAUUAGAUUUGAGGCAUUUCCAAGUGAAAGUCGAAUGUCUAACUAGAUUAAGACCUCUUCCCGAUCCAUCCAUAGUUGAAACGUACAUUAAAGCAUAUUAUCUUCCCGAAAAUGCAUUGGAAAAAUGGAUCCAAGAACAAACGGAAUAUUCUCCAAGGCAGAUGAUGAAUCUUCUCCAGUGUGUAAGUCAAGGAAGUAAAAAGAUUCGUUUAAAUUUGACCUCGUUUAUGGAAGACUUGGACUUGAAUCGUCGGUAACGUAAAUGUUGCAAUUAAUCUUUACCGAUAAUACAAGUUAUGUGUAAUAAUAUCAA